CUGUCGUUGGCUGACUCCCGCCGGUCGGAUCGGGAUGGCAGCUGCCACGGCCGUCUUCGCCCCAGCCACCGCUCCGCUCCUUCACCGCCGCCGGAACUACUCAUGCGGCCUUGCACGGCCGUCGUCCUCGUCGUGGUGUGGCAGUGCCCGCCGGCGCCCGGUAUUGGCGUCUUCUUGCGAUGGACGCGCGCCCCUCGUCCCCGCGUCCGACCACUGGGGCAACUGGACCUUCCUCCUGAGCACCGCCGCGCUGGGCAUCUGGUCGGAGAAGCGGACCCCGGUGGGGAAGGCGCUGAGCGGGGCGCUGGUGAGCGUGCUGCUGGGGCUGGCGGCCAGCAGCGCCGGCUUGGUGGCGGCGGACGCCCCGGCCUACCGCGUGGUGCUCGACUACCUGCUGCCGCUGGCGAUCCCGCUGCUGCUCUUCCGCGCCGACCUGCGCCGCGUGCUCCGCUCCACCGGCCCGCUGCUGAUGGCCUUCCUGCUCGGAUCUGCGGCGACGACCAUGGGCACGGUGGUGGCGUUCCUGCUGUUCCCGAUGCGGUCGCUGGGGCCGGACAAUUGGAAGAUCGCGGCGGCGCUGAUGAGCCGCCACAUCGGGGGCGCCGUCAACUACGUCGCCGUCUCUGAAGCUCUCGGGGUUUCUCCGUCCGUGCUGGCAGCCGGGCUAGCCGCCGACAACAUCAUCUGCGCGCUCUACUUCACAAGCCUCUUUGCGUUGGCUGCCAAGAUCCCAGCGGAUCGGCCGACGGUGGCCGGUGACGACAAAGCCAGCAACAAGCAGCUGACCGCCGUGGCCAUGGCGGCCGCAUUCGGCAUCUGCAAGGCAGGAAAACUGGCGGCGGCCGCGCUGGGCGUGCAAGGGGGAAGCCUUCCCUGUAUAACAGCCAUCGUGGUGGCGCUGGCAACACUGUUCCCCUCGCGCAUCGGCGAGCUGGCGCCGUCGGGCGAGGCGGUGGCGAUGAUCCUGAUGCAGGUGUUCUUCGCCGUCGUGGGAGCCAAUGGAAGCAUCGGCAACGUCCUCAGCACGACGCCGAGCAUCUUCGCUUUCGCCUUCGUGCAGAUCGCGGUGCACCUCCUGCUGACUCUGGCCGCCGGCAGGCUGCUCGGCUUCGACCGGAAGCUGCUGCUGAUAGCGUCCAACGCCAACGUGGGCGGCCCGACCACCGCCUGCGGGAUGGCCACCGCCAAGGGCUGGAGCUCCUUGGUGGUUCCGGGAAUCCUCGCCGGCAUCCUGGGCAUCGCCAGCGCCACCUUCAUGGGGAUCGCUUUCGGUGUGCUCCUCCUCAAACACAUGUAGUAAUGUUCUAUAUAUAAUAUAUAUAUA